ACCGUCUUUUCUUUCCUUACCCGUGUGAUGCCCCGCCCCCUGCAGGCAUCCAACCCGUACCUGUCGACACGGAGUGGCUCCACUGUGACGUCCGGCGGUCGUUUCCGCUGCCCAUCCUGCAGACAUGAGGUGGUUCUGGACCGACACGGUGUCUAUGGCCUGCAGAGGAACCUGCUAGUGGAGAACAUCAUUGACAUGUACAAACAGGGCAGCACCAGGUACACCUGCACUCACCUGUAUCACUUUCUGCUGUUGGUUUCUAACAUCAUACGCGUGUGUGUGUGCACGUGUGUGUGUGUGCACGUGCGUGUGUGCGUGCAGGUCGAGCUGGCUGACUGUGUGUCCAUGCUGGUCGGGAACAACGAGAGGAUUCAGGCGAUCGUCAGUCAGCUGGAGGAAACCUGCAGAGCCGUCGACGAGAAUGGUCGGCGACAGAAGUCGAAGGUGUGCGAGACAUUCGAUCACCUGUUCGCUCUACUAGAGGAGAAGAAGAGCGAGAUGACGGUGAAGAUCAACGCCGAGCAGGAGGAGAAGCUGGACUACAUUCGAGGCCUGAGGAGGAAGUACACCGAGCACGUGGACGGCACCGCCAAGCUGCUCGAAACUGCCAUCCAGACCAUGGAUGAGUCUGAGAUGGCCCUGUUUCUGCAGAUGGCCAAACCUCUGCUGCAGAAGAUCACGGAGGGCUCCGACACGUCUCACCUCGAUAAGGUCCAGCACGGCUACGAGAACAUGGAUCACUUCACGGCGAACUUUGAGCAUCAGAGGAGAGCGCUGAGCGACAUCGACUUCAUCAAGCUUGAUGAAGACGAAGAUGAUGAUGAAGAUGAGGGGGAGGUCAAAGUUCAGACGGCCGGGAGUCCUGCAGAGUCGCAGCAAGCUGCGUCUGCAGGACUGCCGGCCAAUCAGCAACCUCCUCUGUCGCCUGGUCUCUCAGCUCCACCCCCUCCGAAAGCCCCAGAGACCACGCCCCCUACAUCAUCGCAAACUAAGAGUGCCUCCCCUUCGACAUCAAACCAGACCCCGCCUCCUCUGCCACUCCCAACUACUAGCCCCGCCCCCCAGUCUGACUUGCAGAGCGAGGCGGAGGACAAAGACGGACCCAAGCACGUGUUCUCCUUCAGCUGGCUCAACCAGAAGUAGGACCUGGAUCUGUUCCUGUCCUCGUCAUCCAUGCAGCAAAUACGAUAAAUGUUUGCUUCCAGAAGACGUUUGCUGAACGCGCUGCUUUGUAGUUUCAAGAGAAGACGUUUAAUUCUG